CCUCAUCUUGGACCAAGCACGAAGAGCGCCUGAAGAUGUCUGGCCGUGGAAAGAAAGUACCCUCCAAGCCAAAAUCGGCGGUUUCCAGGUCCACGAGGGCAGGGCUCACCUUCCCAGUAGGCCGCAUCCACAGGCUGCUCAGGAGGGGCAACUAUGCGGAACGAGUGGGCAAUGGCGCCGCCGUUUAUUUCGCGGCUGUGCUGGAGUACCUCUGCGCCGAGGUGCUGGAGCUGGCGGGCAACGCCAGCCGAGACAACAAGAAGCAUCGCAUCGCUCCUCGCCACGUCUUGUUGGCGGUGAAGAACGACGAGGAGCUCAACAAUCUGCUGGCUGGGGUCACCAUUUCGGAAGGUGGCGUGAUCCCCAAUAUCCAGGCGGCGCUCCUUCCCAAGAAGACGAAGGUCACUAGAGAUGACUCUGUUGGUAAAGAUGUUCAGUCCCAAGAGUUUUAG